AUGGUUCCGACCGUACUGCUCUACCUGCUCUGUCUGCAGCUUCCAUUACUCUUGGUUUCUUUUGCCAGAAACAUUUCUCUCAAGUGCAGGCAAGACCUGGCGGAAUUCCUUUCUGAUCUGAAUUCAAAGGAGCCCAAAGAAUACGCUCUAAGAAGGUAUGAUGCGAUGAGCAAACUGGGGAGCAAUGUUCUUAACGGAAACGUGGACAGGCUGGGGUCUUACAGCGAGUGCCUCUCCACCCGUGCGCCCCCGGGGCGCUUCCGAGGGCGGUACUGCAAGCUGCACUUCCUGCAGGAGGAAGCGGACUACUUCGUGGGCGUGUGUGUCCCUGACUCCUGCACCGGGGACGAUGUGACUGGGGUAUCUCAGCUGGGGGUUUUAAGAUCCAGAAAUGCCUCCUUUGGGGCACCGGCCCUGCCCUUCUUCAAGAUAAAGUCCUCCUCCUCCUCUGGAAAGGUCGUGGCCCAGUGUGCUGUCGGGAAGUUCCCCCUGGACACGUUUGCUGCCCUGUGUCUGUUUAUCACCUGGCUGGGCCUCAUCUUGCCUCUGACUGGCACUGUCUAUGUGGCAGCCGUGGAGUGGGCAUCAGACCACAGGGCACCGCCGGCCCAGGGAGGGCAGGCUCUGCUGGGCUGGACCUGCGCCCUGUUGGUUUUCUUCGUCGAGGUCACUCUGGCCUACGUGGUGGACGACCCCUCUGACAGGGCAUCAGCGGCCGCCGCCACCUACCAGGCCCUGCACCGGACCGUGUGGGCGGCGGCCGUGGGCUGGGUCAUCCUUGCAUGUCAGGAGGACUAGGGUGGUGUGGUGAAGCAGGUGCUGUCCUGGGACGCGUGGCCCUUGCUGGCCCGCAUCAGCUACGCCGGCUACCUGGUGCACCCUCUCCUCAUCCUGCUCUACAACGGCCACCGGGAGACCCUCCUCCACUACACGGACCCCAACAUGUUCUCUCUCUUCUCUGGACACUGCCUCCUGACCUUCCUCAGGGGGCUGGCCCUGACACUGUGCAUUGAGAAACCCUGUCAGGACCUGAAGUGGUGCCUCCUGGGACCAGUGCCAUCAGGGCCGUGACCCAAAGGGUGAUGGCCCUGCGUUUAUGGUGACGAAGGCAGGUGGGAGUGACCUCGGGACACAACAAAAGGGCACAACUCUGUCCUUGGGAAGAGCACCUUUAAUAGACACAAAUCCUGUGUCCAGUAUAUGAAAUAGC